CAAAAACGACCAGCUACGGGCAGAAAACCGCUAAAGUUAGCCGCAAAGCUAAAAACAAGCUCUCGCUAGCUGGAGCUGGUUUGUCCGCGUUUAUGAUGCUUCCUGGUUGUUUGUUUUACUAAAGUUUUAUUAAACGAGCAGUUAGAAAUGUAAGAAUGGUGAUUCUACGAGAGGGAAUGUGUCCUGGACUGGAUGAAGAUUUGCUGCGGAGUUUGCGAGCUGCUGAUGUUCGAACAGUGGAGGACCUGGUCUCAUCUGACACUGAGGAACUGGCACAGAAGUGCUCCGUGUCUUACAAGGCUCUGUUCGCCAUCCGCCGAGUGCUGCUGGCCCAGCACACAGCAUUCCCCGUGUCAGGAGCUGAUCUGUAUGAGGAACUACUGAGCUCCACGGCCAUCCUCUCCACGGGAAAUCCCAGCUUAGAUAAACUGCUGGAUUCAGGCUUGUUUACUGGAGAGAUAACUGAGCUGUCAGGAGGCCCAGGAAGCGGCAAAUCUCAGGUGUGUUUCGGUGCCGCGGUGCACAUUUCUCACCACCUGAAGCAGAGUGUCAUAUACAUCGAUACUACUGGCGGGCUGACUGCCAGACGCUUGCUGCAGAUGCUGCAGUCUGAAACGACUAACGCAGAUGAGCAGAUGGAGGCGCUUCAGAGGAUUCGCGUCUUCCGUUUGUUUGACGUCUACGCUCUACUCGACUGCCUGUACGGGCUGUACGGCGGCGGGCUUCAGCAGGCGUCUGUCGGCGGCGGCUCUGUGAAGGCGGUGAUCGUGGACUCGGUGUCGGCGGUUAUCUCCCCUCUGCUUGGAGGCAAAUUUUUGAGUGAAGGCAUGUCCUUGAUGAUGCAAGUGGCAGGAGUUCUUAAGACGCUGGCGAAGGACUUCAGCGUCGCUGCUCUGGUAACAAACCAUGUAACGAGGAGUGGCAGCGGAGCGGUGCAGCCGGGCCUCGGCGUGUCGUGGAGCCACGUCCCCAGAACCAGAAUCCUGCUGGAGCGAGUUGAGACGGCCCCACCUGCCCGCUGCUCCAGUCUCCGCUCUGCAACGCUGAUCAAGUCCUCCAGACAGCCGUGUUACGUCAAAGAAGAGUUUGACUUGCGGUGGUGGAGUCGCGCAGAACGAGGAGCUUCAAGAAAAAGGACACGGGAUCAGACUGAAUCCUCAUGACAGAAACUCUGCCCCCUCAUAAAUGUCAGAGCAAAGGUGAGUUCACGUCCCUGGAUCCUAUUUGG